AAGGAGAGUCUCAUGUUCAACAGAAUUCUCUUUAAGCUGUUACUGUACAGCACCUUUCUGAAACUGUAUGAUGCAGCAGAUACUCUUUUUCCUAAUGAAACCAUUGGUGUUGGGAAGACUUUGGUUUCCCAUAGCCAAGUAUUCGAGGUCGGGUUUUUCUCUCCCGGGAGCAGUUUCUUCUUAGGCAUGUGGUAUAAAAAAACACCCAAAGUUGUAGUUUGGGUUGCAAACAGAAACAAUCCCAUCACUGGUUCAGUUUCAGGAGUAGUCUUGAAAGUUUCUGAAUAUGGAAAUAUUUCUAUAAGCAGAGGCGGAGGCGUUAUCUGGUCGGGGAAUCCAUCAAUUGUCGGAUCAGAUCCAGUCUUAAAGCUCCUGGAUACCGGAAACCUGGUUGUAGUAGACUCGACAAAGCAAGGCUACAUAUGGCAGAGCUUUGACUAUCCAACUGAUAACUGGCUGCCAGGAAUCAAGUUGGUGGACGAUAGUGAUGGUGGUGUGGAGACGUAUUUGAGGUCAUGGAGAACUUCCGAGGAUCCUUCGCCUGGUGAGUUUGUUUACAGGAUUGAAAACCAGGGCUUGCCUCAGUUGGUUGUUUACAAACAGACCAAGAAGAUGUUUCGAACUGGAGGCUGGAACGGGCUUGGUUUCAGUGGCCUUCCACUCUUACCAAAUAACUCCAUCACAAGCUUUUCUUUCAGAGACGAGAGGUUGAUAUCUAUAUCAAGGCCGGUCACCAGCUCAAUUUUCUCAAGAACAACACUCGAGCCAUCAGGUUUGCUACAGAGGUACAACAUGAAUUCUAGAAUAGAUGCUUGGACGCAUGUCCAGACGUAUCCAAGAGAUAAGUGCGAUGCAUAUGGUAACUGUGGAGCAUAUGCGUUGUGCAGCACUGAGAAACCGCAGAUGUGUCAAUGUUUUAAAGGGUUCGCUCCCAAGUCGCAGAAUGAUUGGGACAUUCAAGAUUGGUCGGGCGGAUGCACUAGGACGAAACCACUGAAUUGCCCAAAUGGAGAUGAUGGUUUUCUAGAGGUUAGAAAGGUAAAGUACCCUGAUACGUUGAGGACUUGGCUGAAUCCUAGCAUGGGCCUCGAAGAAUGCAAGGCCGAGUGCUUGAAAAACUGCAGCUGCACUGCUUGUGCUAAUCCAUACAUUACUAAUGGAGGCAGUGGCUGUGUGAUGUGGUUUGGGGAUCUCAUUGAUAUCAGAGAAUUUCCUGAAGCAAACGAUAACCAAAACAUCUAUGUUCGUCUACCGGCCUCUGAGCUAGCAGGUUCUGCCACCAACGGAGAGGAAGAGACGGAAGAGGGAAAAAGGAGUGGUGCUAAAAAGCUUGUUGUAAUAUUUAUAACUGCUUCUGGAGUUGUAAUUCUUGCACUUUUAGGUGGAGGUGUGUUUUUUAUCGUCAGACGGAGAAGAGAAGCGUCAAAAAGUAACGAUGAAGAUAUAGAACUGAAAAUAUUCAAGCUGGAAACUAUUGUGGCUGCCACAAACAACUUCUCUUCAGAAAACAUGAUCGGAGAAGGAGGUUUUGGCCCCGUAUACAAGGGGAGUUUGUCUGCAGAAGGAGAAAUAGCUGUCAAGAGAUUGUCACGAACUUCACAACAAGGCAUUGAAGAGUUCAAGAAUGAAGUCAUCUUGAUCACUAAACUUCAACAUAGAAACCUCGUCAGGCUUCUGGGAUGCUGCAUUUGUAGAGAAGAAAGAAUGCUGAUUUAUGAAUACCUCCAGAAUAAAAGCCUGGAUCAUUUCAUUUUUGAUCAAAACCGAAGGAAGCUUGUGACAUGGGCUAUGCGUUUCGACAUAAUCAUGGGAAUUGCAAGGGGACUGCUAUACCUCCACCAGGACUCCAGACUAAAGAUUAUACACCGCGAUCUCAAAACAAGCAACAUCCUUCUCGACAAAGAUCUGAAUGCAAAAAUUUCCGAUUUUGGUUUAGCAAGAAUUUUGGGAGAGGGACAAUCUAUUGCUAGAACAAGACGAGUUGUUGGGACAUAUGGCUAUAUGGCUCCAGAAUACGCGAUUUAUGGGAAGUAUUCCGUGAAAUCCGAUGUGUUUGCACUAGGAGUGAUACUGUUAGAGAUUGUGAGCGGAAGGAAGAACCGAGGCUUUGGCCAAAGUGACGACGGCCAUAGCCUUUUGGGACAUGCAUGGUUCCUAUGGAGAGAGAACAAAAUAUGGGAGCUAAUGGAUAAAUGUUUGAGCAAUACUUUUAUCGAAUCUCAAGUGAAGAGAUGCAUACAUGUCGGACUAUUAUGCGUUCAAAAAUUUGCAGAAGAUAGGCCGGUCAUGUCAUCGGUGGUUUUCAUGUUAGGAAACGACGAAGCUAUUAUCCCCGAUCCUAAGGAACCUGGGUUUUUUCCUGAAGAGAGUUCGAGCUUCGACACAAGUGUGUGUCAAGAAUCAAGCACCAUCACUGAUAUUGAGGCCAGAUCCGAUUCUAAGAUGGUGCUAUUCUCUUUCACUACAAUCCUCUGCUCCAUGCUUCACUCUCUCCCCUUUCUUACUUUAACUGUUGGGGCAGUUUAUGAUCACAUACUUUUUCCAAAUCAAUCACUUGUUAUAGGCCACACUCUUGUUUCUCAAAACCAAGUUUUUGAAAUGGGUUUUUUCUCACCUGGCAAAUCCUCAAAUAGAUUCUUGGGAAUAUGGUACAAGACCACACCAGAUGUUGUAGCUUGGGUUGCAAACAGAAACCAUCCCAUCACUGCCCACCAAACACCAUAUUUUAUGAUAUCUGGAAAUGGAAGUCUUGUAAUAAACAGUGGCAAAAGCAUUAUCUGGUCAGCGAAUUCAUCAAGAGUAGCAACAAAUCCAGUUUUACAGCUGCUGGAUUCUGGAAACUUGGUUCUUCUAGACAACAUGGUGGAAGGCAGCUACCUAUGGCAGAGUUUUGAUCAUCCAACUGACACUUUAUUGCAGGGGAUGCAAUUAGUUGACGAUGCAGAUUCGGGGGUCGAGAAAUAUUUGACCUCAUGGAGAAAUGCCGAUGACCCUUCUCCCGGAGAUUACAUAUUGAGGAUCGAAAACAAGGGCUUGCCUGACGUUGUAGCGCUGAGAGGGGCAACGAAGAGAUAUCGGCUGGGACAGUGGAACGGUUUAUAUUUUGGUGGGGGUCCACGCUGUCCCAAUGCCAUGUACAAUGUUUCUGUAGUGUUCAGACAAGAGAGGAUGAUAUCCAUCUGGUACAAUGACAGCACGGCUGUCACAAGAAUAAUGCUGGAUCCAUCUGGUACAAUGACACGCCAUACGCUAAACGCCCAGAGAGACAAAUGGAAUCGUGCUUUCACGUUUCCUCAAGAUACAUGCGACGAAUAUGGUAUUUGUGGUCCUAAUGGAAUCUGCAAAUCCAGAACUGACAGCCCAAUUAGAUGUCAGUGUUUCAAGGGAUUUGCCCCUAAGUAUCAAAGUUAUUGGGACCUUCAGGAUUGGUCGGGUGGGUGCACUAGAAUUAAGCCAUUGAAUUGCCACGGUGAAGAUGGAUUUCUAGAGGUUGGAGGGGUGAAAUAUCCUGAGAUGUUGAGUUUUUGGUUGAACAUGACUGUGAGCCUUAGUGAGUGCAAAGCCGAGUGCUUGAAAAACUGUAAUUGCACUGCGUAUGCGAAUCCAUUCAUUACUAAUGGAGGAAGCAGCUGCUUGAUGUGGUUCAAUGAACUCAUCGACACCAAGGAACUUUCUGCCGCAGAUAGCAAGCAAAACAUUUAUAUCCGCGUGCCAAUUUCUGAACUAGAUUUGAGCACAGGUUUAGAGGACGAGAAGGAAAAUAAAAGGCCUAUGAAGUUAAUACUGAUAUCAAUGGCUUCUGGUGUUUUCAUCUCAGCCUUCAUCAAUGGAGGCAUACUUUUUAUGACAAAACUAAAGAGGCAAGUAAAAAGUAAAAAUGAGGACCUAGAAUUAACUGUGAUCAAAAUGGAGACUAUUGCGCAAGCAACAAAUAAUUUCUCAACGGAAAACAUGAUUGGGGUUGGAGGAUUUGGUCCUGUUUACAAGGGAAACAUGCCUUCUGGAGAAGAAAUCGCAGUCAAAAGAUUGUCGAGAUCCUCACACCAAGGUCUUGAAGAGUUCAGAAAUGAAGUUAUGGUGAUUGCAAAACUCCAACACAAAAACCUCGUCAAACUUUUAGGAUGUUAUGAAGAAGACGAAAGGAUGCUAAUAUAUGAAUACCUAGAGAAUAAAAGCCUCGAUCUUCUUGUUUUCGAUCCUGGCCGGAGAACACUUUUGACAUGGCCUAUGCGUUAUGACAUUAUUAUGGGCAUUGCAAGGGGACUGCUAUAUCUCCACCAUGAUUCCAGAUUAAAGAUCAUUCAUAGGGAUCUAAAAACGAGCAAUAUUUUGCUAGAUAGACAUUUAAAUCCGAAAAUUUCAGAUUUUGGGUUAGCAAGAAUUUUCGAAGAGGAUCAGGCUCUUGCUAGAACAAAAAGAGUUAUAGGGACAUUUGGAUACAUGGCUCCUGAAUAUGCAAUUGAUGGGAAAUACUCAGUGAAAUCUGACAUCUUUGGUCUCGGGGUGGUGUUGCUGGAGAUAAUUAGCGGAAAAAAGAACAGAGGAUAUGAAGACAGCAAUCACAAUCUUAACCUCUUGGGCCAUGCAUGGUUGCUUUGGAAAGAAAACAAGAGUAUGGAGUUGAUGGAUGGAUGUUUGAAGAAUACAGUUAGGGAGUGUGAAGUGAAGAGAUGCAUCCAAGUGGGGUUAUUAUGCGUUCAAAAAUUUGCAGAUGAUAGGCCAAUCAUGUCAUUAGUAGUGUCAAUGUUAGGAUCUAAUCUCGCAGUUUUGCCUGAACCAAAAGAGCCUGGAUUCUUUAUGCAAAGAAGUUCAAGUCCAGUGGGAAGUUAUACAUCACCAAGUGUUAAGUCAGAGAAUACAAUCACUAUUACAGACUUGGAGGCCAGAUGAGGAGACCCCCAGUGUGUUGGCUCUUUAUUUCUCUCUUUCUUUCUCUGUUUGAGGGGGAGAGAGAUUUCGGGCAACAAAGAAAUGUUUGAUUUUGAGAGUUUUUUAAAAUUAAAUAGGUUGGUGGACACAAAAUUUGAAAAAGUAAAUAGUACUAUUUACAGAACUUCCACAGUGUGGCCAGCCACAUUAUGGCCGCUCAGCAUUA